CCGGCCGUUCCUUCCUCCCCCCUACACCACUUGGUUUUUGUUUUAUUUCGUCCUCAUACAAUGUUCUACGGUUGUCAAAUCUUUCGGUGUCUUUGCUGGCCACCGGGUUCUCGUCCUGAGAUUGUCGAGUGAUCUCAAGCGGCUAUUCACUGCCUUAUCCUGCACUCCAUUCAAUCUCUUGAUCCAUCAUGGCCGAACAUGACACAUCCGAUGCUAUGGGCACCUCGACAUCUGGAAGCGAAGAGAAGAGCCAGUUCGCGCCCAGCUCGGUUGAUGAGAAGAAGCGUAUCAUCAGUGACGAAGACGAAGACGAAGACAUCAAUGCCCUCAUUGAUGAGCUCGAAUCCGUGGCUGCACAGAAUGAAGAGUACGAUGAGUGUAUCAAUGACCCGGGGAGCUCUUGUCAUAUUCCGGAGGAACUACUUCAAACCGAUAUUCGCUUGGGUUUGACCGACGCAGAAGUCCUCGCGCGACGCAGAAAGUAUGGGUUUAACAAGAUGAAGGAAGAAGAAGCACACCUCUUCCUUAAGUUCCUGUCUUACUUUGUGGGCCCGAUUCAAUUCGUUAUGGAAGCUGCUGCGUUCCUCGCUGCCGGUCUUCGAGAUUGGGUCGAUUUUGGUGUUAUCUGUGCUCUUCUGCUGCUGAAUGCAACGGUUGGCUUUGUUCAGGAAUUCCAGGCCGGCUCUAUCGUCGAUGAGUUGAAGAAAACCCUUGCUCUCAAGGCGAUUGUCAUCCGUAGCGGACGGCUUCAAGAGGUCGACGCGUCGGAGGUUGUUCCUGGAGACAUUCUACAGAUCGAAGAGGGUACUAUUGUUCCAGCAGAUGGCCGCAUUGUCAGUGACAGCGCUUACCUUCAAGUCGACCAGUCUGCUAUUACAGGUGAAUCUUUCGCGGUGGACAAACACAAGGGUGACACUUGCUACGCAUCCUCGGCGGUCAAACGCGGUGAUGCCUAUAUCGUCGUUACGGCCACUGGUGACCAUACCUUUGUUGGUCGUGCUGCAGCCCUAGUCAAUGCUGCUUCGGCUGGCUCAGGUCAUUUCACUGAGGUGCUGAAUGGCAUCGGCACUGUCCUGCUCGUGCUUGUCAUUCUGACGCUACUCGUCGUUUGGGUGUCCUCAUUUUACCGCUCUAAUACUAUCGUUACGAUCCUGGAAUUUACCUUGGCUAUCACUAUCAUCGGUGUACCGGUUGGUCUUCCGGCUGUUGUCACCACCACAAUGGCUGUUGGCGCUGCAUAUCUGGCCAAGAAGCAAGCCAUUGUCCAAAAGCUUUCGGCCAUCGAAUCACUUGCCGGCGUGGAAAUUCUCUGCUCAGACAAGACUGGCACAUUGACUAAAAAUAAACUGUCGUUGUCGGAGCCCUACACAGUCAAAGGCGUUGAUCCAGAAGAUCUCAUGUUGACAGCAUGCCUAGCGGCGUCUCGCAAAAAGAAAGGAAUCGACGCGAUUGACAAAGCUUUCCUAAAGGCUUUACGUUACUAUCCCCGGGCAAAGAGUGCCCUGACUCAGUACAAAGUUCUCGAAUUCCAUCCCUUCGACCCUGUCUCCAAAAAAGUCACUGCUGUGGUUCAAUCUCCUCAGGGUGAACGUAUUGUCUGCGUUAAAGGGGCGCCUUUGUUCGUUUUGAAGACGGUGGAAGAAGACCAUACGAUUCCUGAGCACAUCGAUGUGGCAUAUAAAAAUAAGGUUGCCGAAUUCGCGACUCGUGGUUUUCGGUCACUCGGUGUCGCUCGAAAGCGCGGCGAAGGCCGCUGGGAGAUUCUGGGUAUCAUGCCCUGCUCUGACCCCCCUCGUCACGACACUGCUAAGACGAUCAAUGAGGCCAAAACUUUAGGCCUUUCUAUUAAGAUGUUGACUGGUGAUGCUGUGGGUAUUGCUCGAGAGACUUCCCGUCAGCUCGGUCUCGGAACAAACGUGUACAAUGCAGAGCGUCUCGGUCUUGGUGGCGGCGGUACCAUGCCUGGUUCGGAAGUAUAUGACUUCGUGGAGGCUGCAGAUGGCUUUGCAGAGGUAUUCCCGCAACACAAGUACAACGUUGUGGAGAUUUUGCAACAGCGUGGGUAUCUGGUUGCCAUGACGGGAGACGGGGUCAAUGACGCUCCGUCGUUGAAGAAGGCUGAUACAGGCAUCGCUGUUGAGGGCUCGUCUGAUGCUGCACGGUCUGCCGCGGAUAUUGUCUUUCUGGCGCCUGGUCUCUCUGCUAUCAUCGAUGCAUUGAAAACAUCUCGUCAGAUAUUUCACCGCAUGUAUGCCUAUGUCGUGUAUCGUAUCGCUCUAUCUCUUCACUUGGAGAUCUUCUUGGGGCUCUGGAUUGCAAUUCUCAACGAAAGCCUCAACCUCCAGCUCGUGGUCUUUAUUGCUAUCUUCGCUGAUAUUGCAACUCUAGCCAUUGCUUACGACAAUGCUCCUUAUUCCAAAGCGCCUGUGAAGUGGAACUUGCCCAAGUUAUGGGGGAUGUCCAUCCUUCUCGGAAUUGUGCUAGCCAUCGGUACCUGGAUCGCGCUCUCUACCAUGUUAGCGGGCGGAGAAGAUGGAGGCAUCGUGCAGAACUUUGGCAGACGCGAUGAAGUGCUCUUCUUAGAGAUAUCUCUGACCGAGAACUGGUUGAUCUUCAUCACGCGUGCCAACGGCCCGUUCUGGUCGUCGCUCCCCUCCUGGCAGUUGGCAGGCGCCAUCCUUGUGGUGGAUCUGGUUGCGACCUUCUUUUGCCUUUUCGGCUGGUUCGUUGGCGGACAGACCUCGAUUGUGGCUGUCAUACGCAUCUGGAUCUUCUCUUUCGGCGUCUUCUGCGUUAUGGGUGGGUUAUACUACCUGCUUCAGGGCUCCAAAGGGUUUGACAAUAUAAUGCACGGUAAAAGCCCCAAAGGCAGCCAAAAGCAGCGCAACUUUGAGGACUUUGUGGUCGAUCUCCAACGCGUAUCGACUCAACAUGAAAAGAACCCGUGAAUUAGUAUAAGUGACGGGGUGAAAUAGGAGGAACCCGGAAUAUAUAAUAUAGCCACUACAUGGCCGGGCUGUGAUGUGCGGUUCGAGUUGGACGAGUACCAUGCGAGGACACACGUCUUACCUUUCUCUAUCUCAUUAUCCGCUGGCCAUUUGACAGUUAGUUUGAUAUGCUUCUUCCGUCGCUACUGAGCAACUUGUCAGUCU